AUGGUGGCGGCCGACGAAGAGAAGGACGAGGAAGCGGAGGGGGAUGCCGAGGAGGAAGAGGAGGGGCAUGCCGAGGAGGAAAAGGAGGGGGAUGCCGAGGAGGAAGAGGAGGGGGAUGCCGAGGUGGAAGAGGAGGGGGAUGCGGAGAAGGAAGAGGGUGAUUUGGAGGAGGGGAGCGGUGACGACUCCGAGGAGGAGGUGUACAUUGGUGACGGAGAGGAGGCGGAGGACGACAACGCUGAGGACUACGACAACUUGGAAGAGGAAGGGAUGGAGGAUACAGGGGGAGAUGGGGGGGAGAGAGCUAAAAAGAGGAGGCGGGAUGGAAAUGGGAAGGGUAAGAAGGCAGCAGGCGGUCGAGGUGGUGGGGGGGAAAGGGGGCGGCCAGGGGAAAGGGGGUGGGCGAGGGAGAGUGAGGGGGGGUGGACUCACAUGCAAGGGCAGCACCUCAACCACUGGAUCAUAUGGUUGCGGAAGUUCCAUGGUGGGGAGGUGGGCCAAAACGACCACUUCCCUGAGGGGGGGUAUGGGAUUGACGACGAGGUUCUGGACGGGGGCGUGAAAUGGGUAGGCCCAGACACUUGGUCAGCGCCGCCCACUGAGGGGGUGCCAGCGAGGAAGGGGCAGCAGCUGAUCACGCAAACCUACCCCAAGUGCUUCGACAAGGACCAUCUGCAACAGGCCAUAUGCGAGUGCGUGGUCGCCACUGACCAGGCAUUCACUGUGGUGGAGCACCCGACGUGUGCCGUGGAGAAAGUGAUUCCCUCGCGCUCCACCCUAGCCCGCCAAAUCAUCCGCCUGGCAGGGCUGGCAAGGAUCAAGCUCAUGGAGAUGCUUGCUGCUGAUGGGGUAGGGGCUGUUGCACUUAUGCAUUACAUAUGGACCGGUGAGAAUCACCGGUCGUAUAUAUCAGUGACAAGUCACUGCGUGAAUGAGAAGUUUGAGCUCAUGCAGAUAACCCUCGACUUCUGCGCUAUGCCCGGCAAGCACAUUAGCGCGAGGAUCAUCGAGGUGCUGCUCGAUGUGGUGAAGGAGUGGAACUUGGAGAAGCAGUGCAUUGCUGUGACAUCCAACAACGCGUCGGCCAAUAUCGCAGCGAUGGAGUUCCUUUGCCGUGGGGGGCCAACCGACUGUCAGCCGCCCUUGUUCUUCUCCGGGAUGCACGUCAGAUGCAUGGGCCACAUUUGCGACCUAGCAAUCCAGCUAGGGCUGAAGAAAGUGCUCGAUAUCAAGAAGCCGCUAGGGAUCGUUAGAGACCUAGCCUCCUUCAUUGGGUUAUCGCCGAACUACCCUGUUCGAGAAGAUCCAGAAGCGUGCUGA